AACAAAGAUGGCGCGCGGGUUAUUUUGUUGAUGUUCAUUUAGCUGAAAAACUUCUUCAAUUUUAAUCUUUUCUGUGUGUUUGACGAAGCUUUGAAAAUGGCAAGUAAUCCGGUGACUGCUGGUAGCUCAACUACACAAGAGUAUACAGUCAGACUUCCAAAGGAUCGGAAAAAACGUUUUAGUAUGUUCAAGUUUGCUGUUGGCUCUGAUCUGGAUUUUUCCAAAUAUACAAAUGUCCGUUUAGAGCGAGAAAACAACUUACGAGAAUACAAAACUGCUAAUGACAUUGAUUUGAUGCCCAAAUUUGGUGCUGGCAGUGAAUUUGGUCGUGAGCAAAAAGAGGAAGCUCGGCGUAAGAAGUAUGGUGUUAUGCUAAAGAAAUACAAACCUGAGGAUCAACCAUGGCAUAUGAAAAUUGGAUCAAAACAGAACUGCAAAAGAUUCAAAGGUGUGAGGGAAGGAACAAUCUCUGACAAUACCUCUUAUUUCAUAUUCACCCAAUGUGCUGAUGGUGCGUUUGAAGCUUUUCCUGUUGAACAUUGGUAUAACUUCAAUCCUAUCAUCAAAUACAAAUAUCUAAAUGCUGAAGAGGCAGAAGAAGAAUUUAAAAAACGUGACAAAACCUUGAAUUUGUUCUCUGUGAUGAUGCGUAAGAAAAUUCGUCCUGAAGAUACGGAUCUUGAUGCUGAAGAAGGAGAAGAGAAGAAAACAAGGACAAAGAAACAGAAAGAUUUUCUUUUAACAGACUUAGAUGACUGGGCUGUUAUGUCUGAUGAAGAUGACAGGGAUGAAGAUGAUGCUCGUGAAGACAGCGACAAUGAUAAUAAACCAGAUAAACCCCAAAAGAAAGAUACAAAAACUGUUAAAAUUAAAAAGAACUCCAAGAGCAAUUCUGAUAACGAAGCAAUUGAAGAAAGUGAUGAAGGUGAUUAUGAUGAUCGUGAAGUGGAUUAUAUGACUGACUCAGCCAGUAGUAUGUCUGAAAUUGAGGACCGUGACAAAGAAGAGAAGUAUGAGGAAAAAGGUGUUGAUGAAGAAACUGGUUUAAGAAAACUGAUUGAUUCUGAGGCCAGCAGUGAUGAAGAGGAACAGAAGAAUGAGGAUGAGGAAAACGAGGAUAUAAAAGAUGAAAAGACCAAAAAAGAUAGUGACAGCAGUUCAUCUUCAUCUGGAAGUGAUUCUGAUAUGGAUGAGAAACGUACUUCUCAACUCCUAAAGAUUAAAGAGAGAUCCAAAAAAGUUCUGGAGAAGAAAGCGGCUCCUGCUUCAACUGCUUCUUCUGCAGCACAACCUGAGGAAAAGAAAGUCCUCCCACAGAAACGAAAAGCUGAACCAGAAACAUCAUUUGCAAGUAAAAAAGUGCGAACUGAGAGUCCUGUUGGGAAUGUUCCAUGCACUAGCAGUGAAGGAAUUUCCGAGGAGAGUAUCCGGCGUUAUUUAAUGCGUAAGCCCAUGAGUACAAAAGACUUGUUACAGAAGUUCAAAUCGAAAAAGUUAAAUAUGACCAAUGAACAGUUGACCAACUGCAUUGCACAGCUGCUGCGCAAAAUCAAUCCUGACAAAAUGACUAUAAAUAAAACUCUUUAUUUGUCAUUGAAGAAACCUGAGUAAUAAGUGUAUAAUAGUAAUAAUGAUAAUAACGAUAAUAAUUAUAAUAAUAAUAAUAUAAACAUUUUAAUGAAUGAAAUUUUAAAAAAUGUAACUUCUAGAACUCUGUGUUAAAAAGAAAAAUAUGUAAAAACGCUGCUCAAAAAUGAGUAAUUAAAACAUUUUCUCUGAAAGACUAUUUAACAGAUUUGAGCUUGAGCAAAAUGAGAAGUGUUUUAACGAAGUGUCUUUUUUUUUUAAGAUAAUUCUAUAGUUUAAUGAGAAAUAUUAUUAUUCUACCUCCAAUAUAUUUUAGUAAUUUGUCUACAUCUUAGCUGAAGAUGACUCAAUGAAUUCUUAGAUUGAAUUUCUCAUUCCGAUUAAUGAUUUUUUAUAUUUUUUGCAUUUUUUUUUUUUUUUUGAUGGUGAUCUUGAAAUCAGAUAAAGCAUAACAUUACAAAAAACAAGCCAAAACCCAUCACUUUUUAUAAAUAUUAUAACAAAGAGUAAUAAUUGCAAUGGAACAAUGACAUUUUUUUUUUAUUGUAUGUCAUCAUCAUCAGCAUCCUUUUACAUCUGUUUUUCCAUGUUGGCAUGAGUUGACUGAGUCUCAUCACUGGUUGUGUUCUGCACUACUUUGCACACAGAGCAACAGAAACCAGCCAAAAUUAUUGUUGUUUUGAUGUCUUGUAGUGUGGAUUAGGUGCAUUUUAUCAUGCCACUACCAGCACUAGAGAUGUUGUCCCAUGCAGAGGGGGGAAUGAAGCAGCACCCUUUACUUUGAAUCAGUUCUUAUUUGGAGUUACUGCCCUCCUAGAUAGCUUGUAAUGAAGCUUGCAGCACCCAUGCCUUCUGCAUUCUAUUUUGUUGUAUGAUUCCUAUUGCUUGAUGAUCAUCCUAUCACCAACCACUAUAUAGAAUGUACUUGGUGUAUUUGAUCAUAUUAUUGGCUCAAGACAAGUUGUCCUGUACCAGAUGACUAAAAAGAUCAUGCUACCCUUUUAUCAAUUCCUCUUCAAAGUUACUACCUCCUAGAUGGGUAAUCUACAUUAUAAAUUGUGCAGCCAAUUAUUAUAUGCAUAUUUCAAAAUAUAUAUUCUUGAUCUUCAUUUCUCCACCUGAUCAAUGCUCUCUGAGCAAGAAACUCAGAGUGGCAUCAAAGUGCAGAUGAGAAUCACCAACUUUGAAUGAAUAAACUCUACUAUAUGUA